GUUAAGUGAAGGGGGCGCUGCUGGUGAAAUUGGCGGGAAAUGAUGACGCGUGAGGCGCGUACGGGCAACGCCUAGUUAGUUGGAAGGACACGGUGGAAGUGUCAAUGUCGUUGUUGAAUCUAAUUUGCUAAUAAAUUAGUUUUUGGGUGAAUUCCGAGUUUCAUUUACAGAGCAGCGGUAGGAUAUUGCUCAAAUAAUCGUUUCCGAUAGAGAGUGGUGAAUUGUGGUGAUUUUGUGAGGAAUUUGUGGGUGGCCAAGGCAAGGGCCAAAAAUUGAAGUUUUGGGAAUCUGUACCGUUUCAUUCGUAACAAAAUUGUGUUUUACGACUUGAAAUCGAACAAAUCAAUCGGGUGCUAGCCGAAUUUAUCUGGUUUUUCUGAUUUCUGACGAGUUCUAGGAGUUACGCAACCACACGCUGUCAAUUUUCAUUUGGGUGUGGCUCAAAAGGCGCGAAAAGUUUUCUGGUGAGAUUUUCGCAAUGGGGCGUCACAGGUACCGAGGAAAUGUGGACUCGGACGACUCGGACUCAAGUGACGAUGAGCCACGGCCGAAAAGGUCCGCGCCUGGGGUCUCCAGUACAGUAAAUUCACCCCCAGUUUCGGCCGAGUCCGCUAGAAUCGCGAGACUUGAGCAACUCGUGGAAAACUUGAAUCGACGUUUGCUAAACCGCAAUUUUGAGCACACAUCAGGACAAGUUGGCAUUAAAAGUGACCUGAUUCCUGAAUUCGCUCCAGGAAACCCCAAUUUUAGUACCACUAAGUGGUUGCAUAAAAUUGACCAGUUGGCUCUCGUGAACGGUUGGGACGAACGUACAACGAUUUACGGCAUGAUAAGUCGACUCAAGGGGUUGGCCAAGGAGUGGUACGACAAUCUCGAUCCCUCAGCAUACGACCGGAGCUGGGAUGAAUGGAAACGUUUGUUACAAGCCACCUUCCCCGAUCACCACGAUUAUGCUUCCACACUUCGUAAGCUAGUGAAUAGGGUGAAGGAAGAUGGGGAAACCUGGGCACAAUAUUAUUUUGGGAAAUUAAAUCUGUUGCAGGCUUGUGACAUAACAGGAACGAAUGCAGUCUCCUGUCUUAUUGAUGGAAUCACUGACGUGACUCUCAGAAAUGGGGCUAGAGCAGGGCGUUACGUUACACCCGAAAGCUUGUACGCUGAGUAUUUGUCGACUCUGAGAUCCGAAGGUGACAAGCGGGAUACGCUCGCAAAGCAGGUGCCUCGGGAAAGGAGGAGGUUCCUUCCAAGUCGAGUCGAAGCACAAAAACUGUAUUCGUCAGUUCGGUGUUACAAUUGUCGUAAUCGAGGACAUGUUGCGACAAAGUGCCCGAAACCAAGAAUUGAGUGCAAGAAAUGUGGUCGCAUUGGACAUGUGGAUGCUGAGUGCCGACGUGGUAACGUAGUAAAAGAAAACAUGUCUAAGCAGGCACUAACGACAAGUGUAGCUGACGCAAGUAAUAAUAAGAAUUAUUACAUAGACAUUAAGGUCAAUGGUAAGCCGACGCGAGCUUACAUUGACUCAGGAGCUGAACCGGUCCUUGUCAAGCAAAGUGUUGCUAGAGAAUUGGGACUGAUGUGGCAGCCAAGUUUACAUUUGAUUCGUGGUUAUGGCCAGGGAAUCACCAAAGUGCAUGGGGAAGUCGAAGUAGAGCUAGAAGUGGAUCUUGUCAAGGCAAACGUAAAAGCUUUGAUCGUCGAAGACAGUGCACAACGUGUGCCUGUCAUAGUGGGACAGACCUUCCUGAAUGCGGGUGCUAAUACGAUUAUAGCAAAUGAGGAAGCUGUGAGAGUAGUUGACGGAAACAACGAAUCGAUCCAAGCAUUUCUAGGCCAACUUCCGACACGAAAAGUUGCACUUUGGGCGGAAGAGGAAACAGUGAUCCCUCCUCAAUCCAUUGGUUGCAUACGAAUCAAGGCAAAAGACGAUGGGUGGAAAGGAGCUUAUUACGUUGAAGGGUGUCAACGUCCGAGACCAGGGUUCGAACACGUUGUUCAUCGGUGUGUCACAUGUGAUGGAGGCCUAGUGACCGUUCGCAAUCUAUCGCACCAAGAUCUGGUCUAUCGAAAGGCGCAAAUCGUUGCGAGAUCUGAGCCUUGCGAGCAGGAAAGGACAGCUACGACGGUGAGUGUGUUUUCUGUGGGGAAGGUUGAGGUAAAGAGUUUUCAACGGUGGGAACUUCUUACACAAGUCAAUAAGAAUCUAGACCCGGCUCAGUUCGAGCAAUUGUUACAACUCGUUAACGAAUUUCGAGAUUGUUUUGCACGAAAUGUAGCGGAAAUAGUUUAUCGUCCUUAUCGGUUAUCGCAUCACGAAAGAAGAAUUGUUCGAGAUAUAGUAAAUGACUUGUUAGGUAGCGGAGUCAUACGAGAAUCAGACUCGCCAUAUUCGAGUCCCAUAUUGUUGGUGCGGAAGAAAGAUGGGCAACACCGUAUGUGUGUUGACUAUCGGCAAUUAAAUUCGAAAACAAUCAAAGAUCGCUUUCCGUUACCACGAUUUUUCACCACACUAGAUCUCGCGAGUGGGUACUAUCAGAUCCCAAUGGCCACCGAAUCGAUUCCAAAGACAGCAUUUGUUACGCCUGAUGGGCAUUACGAGUUUGUCCGCAUGCCUUUUGGUCUAGCCAACGCUCCGGCAGUGUUUCAGCGAGCUAUGAAUAAGGUGUUGGGUCCAUUACGGUUUCAGACCGCUUUUUGUUACAUAGAUGAUCUUCUGAUACCUUCCAAAGACUUUGAAACAGGUCUUAACAAUUUACGAACGGUGUUUCAAUUGCUUCGACAGUUCGGAUUGACUCUAAAGCUGAGUAAAUGUUGCUUCUUUGGAAGUCAAAUAGAGUAUUUAGGGCAUGAGAUCAGUGCGGAAGGCAUUAAGCCAGGCGAGACAAAAAUCAAAGCAGUGACAGCUUUUCCCAAACCAACAGACGUACACAAACUUAGGCAAUUCUUAGGUUUGUGUGGGUACUUUCGAAAGUACGUGAAAGAUUACGCAACAAUAGCAAACAGUUUGACGAGUCUCCUAAAGAAAGGCAGUGCAUUUGUUUGGGAAGAAGCACAAGAGCGGGCUUUUCAGACUUUAAAAGACAUCUUGACGAGCAGACCAGUUCUUGCAAUUUACGACGCGGAAGCUGAAACGGAGUUACACACUGACGCUUCUAAAGUUGGAAUUGGUGGCAUUCUGUUGCAACGACAAGGUGAUGGAUCUUUGCGUCCAGUUAUGUUUUUCAGCCGACAGACGACCAAAGAGGAACAAAGGUACCACUCGUACGAGCUAGAAACGCUAGCGGUGGUCUGUUCUCUCAAACAUUAUCGAGUAUACUUGUUGGGGCUUCAAUUCAAGGUGAUCACAGUCUGUAAUGCUUUACGAACAACCCUUACCAAGAGAGAUUUGAUUCCACGAAUUGGGUGAUGGUGGUUGUUGACUUCUGAGUUCGACUUUACUGUAGAAUACAGACCUGGCAGUAAAAUGAGUCACGUUGAC